UUAAAUUUGCAUGUUCCCAUAGGUUGAGAUGAGCAACGAGGCUCUUGCUGCGUGAAGAGAAGGACCAGAUCGGAUCGGAGUGUGGUGACUAAGAUGAGGUUUCAGCUAAUACAAGUCUUUGGACUCCUCAUUCCACACACAUCCUUCCAACAUUAUCUCAUCAAUUGGUUAGCACUAAGUUACUUGAUGCCAUUGUAUUAGAAUUAUUAGUAUUGCAUAAUCAACCAUGAUGUAGUUGAUUAUUGUCGGUCAACUUCCUAGCACCAGUCAACCAAAGCUUCGUUGGUCAACCGAUGGAACGAAGCUAUACUAAGAACCUUAACCUUAGAUUCUUUGUUCCGGCCCAUUGUCAUUCUCGAGUAUAAUAUUGAGUUAUAUCUUAGUUCUGCUUGUGAUUCGUAUCAUGGGGCGUUACUUCAUGUUGACGUGACGCAUGUGCAGUGCAUCCACGGGUGAGAGUAACACAGUAAAAAUCUAAGCAGUCGCACGGAUGAGUGGGGAGGGGUGCGUUUAAGUAGGUGGGGAGAGGGUGCUUAGGGCUAUGCUUAAGCCACCGGGACCGGCCGGUGGAUUUGGCCGGCAGGCAUCGGAAGCAAGGGAGCGAGUGGCACUUCACUCCAUGAAGAGAAGUCAGCUUGUCGAGGAAAAGCGAGAGAGAGGGAGAGAGAAUCAUCACAAAGCUAUAGUAGAGGACGGUUUUUAGAAUUGUUGGCGUCCACACUCUUCGCUCUUGUCCUCUUCUACACCUGAGCUUGAGCUGAAGAGAGAAGGAGAGAGGGAGAGAGGAAUCGGCGGAGGAGCCGAUCCGGAGAUCUGACGGGGGAGAGCCGGUGGGCAUGGAUUUCGACGACCAUGAUGAGGGGGAGGAGGAGAUGGAUUUGCCUAUGGGUUCUAGUUACGACACUCCCAUGGAGAAUUCAGGUCGAGGAGGAGGAGGAGGUGGUGGAGCGAAGAUGGGCGGAGGAGGGGAAUCAGCGGGAACGAUGGCGGUGGGGGGUUCAGGCCAUCGUAAAGCAUACGGUGGGGGAGGUGGAAGAGGGAGGUAUAGGGAGUGCUUGAAGAACCACGCGGUGGGGAUCGGGGGGCACGCGGUGGACGGUUGCGGAGAGUUCAUGGCGGCCGGGGCGGAAGGGAGCCUCGACGCGCUCCGCUGCGCCGCCUGCGGCUGCCACCGCAACUUCCACCGGAAGGACCCCGAGGAAGGUGGCGCGGGGGGAGGAGGGGCCUCCUGGGGUGGUGGUGCAAUGGAGAUCUCAGGGUAUCACUCCCAGUUCUCGCCCUACUACCGGACGACGGCCGAGUUCCUCCACCACCACCACUAUGCGGCGGCGGCAUUCGCGGGGCAGCAGCACAGGGCAGCGCCUUUGGCUUUGCCGUCGACGUCGGGCGGAGGAGCGCAGAGCAGGGAGGAGCAGGAGGACAUGUCGAACCCCACGAUGGGCGGCGGUGCCAGCGGAGGAGGCAUGGCGGCGUCGGGGUCGGGGGCGAGGAAGAGAUUUCGGACCAAGUUUACGCAGGAGCAGAAGGACAAGAUGCUGGCCUUCGCGGAGCGGCUGGGGUGGCGGAUUCAGAAGCACGACGAGGCUGCGGUGCAGCAGUUCUGCGAGGAGACGUGCAUCAAGCGGCACGUCCUCAAGGUGUGGAUGCACAACAACAAGAACACCCUCGGUAAGAAACCCUAAAUCUUCCUCCUCCUCCCGAUUAAGGAAGGUUUCUUCUUCUUUCCUUUAGUCCUUUGGUCUGCUAGGUAGGUGGUGUUGUUUUGAUCCCCUUGAUCCUUUUAGCUGUUUGCAUCUCCAUUUCUUCUCCUUGUUCUGGUGUUGGAUUUCAACGGAGGCUUGUGAUGGUUGAUUGAUGAUGGGUGGGUCGCUCUUACGUGAUCUUAAUGAUGGAGGACAGUGCGCCAUUGCUCGUUACCUUGUUGGUGAUGUAGUGCAGUGUGGGUUGUCAACACCGGGGAGAUGGGUGGGACCGUGUGAUCGUAAGGAUGAUUUCCCUAAUGGCAAGGCUCAUUGAAUCUUAA